AUGUCAGGAAUUGAGGGCGCAGGCGGCAAUUUCUUAUUUGUUCGUUUUGCCUGUGUUCGUUUGUUCUACCUACCUACCUACCUACCUGCGCCCUCGUGCCUUGUGCCUUGUGCCUUGUGCUUCGUGCCUCGUGCCUCGUGCCUCGUGCAUCGUGCGCCCUGCUCCGCGCUAUUGCUCUGCACGCGCGGUUGCCCGCGCCCUCGUGCGCUCUACCCUACCUGCUCCGCGCUGUUGCUCUGCACGCGCGGUUGCCCGCGCCCUCGUGCGCUCUACCCUACCUGCUCCGCGCUGUUGCUCUGCACGCGCGGUUGCCCGCGCCCUCGUGCGCUCUACCCUACCUGCUCCGCGCUGUUGCUCUGCACGCGCGGUUGCCCGCGCCCUCGUGCGCUCUACCCUACCUGCUCCGCGCUGUUGCUCUGCACGCGCGGUUGCCCGCGCCCUCGUGCGCUCUACCCUACCUGCUCCGCGCUGUUGCUCUGCACGCGCGGUUGCCCGCGCCCUCGUGCGCUCUACCCUACCUGCUCCGCGCUGUUGCUCUGCACGCGCGGUUGCCCGCGCCCUCGUGCGCUCUACCCUACCUGCUCCGCGCUGUUGCUCUGCACGCGCGCCACAUAUCGAUCUGGCGAUUAUGAAAAGAUCCGGGGAGAAGAAGAAGAAGAAGAAGAAGAAGAAGAAAAGAAGAAGAAGAAGAAGAAGAAGAAGAAGAAGAAGAAGAAGAAGAAGAAGAAGAAGAAGAAGAAGAAGAAGAAGAAGAAGAAGAAGAAGAAGAAGAAGAAGAAGAAGAAGAAGAAGAAGAAGAAGAAGAAGAAGAAGAAAAAACGACGACGUGGCGACUCCGAGGCUACGCGAAAGAUGACUCUGCACAGACCCAGAAACUCCAGCCAAAUACCCCCGAGAGUAGAAUUUGUUAAAGUUAUCCUAUAA